UUAUUUAUCCCAAGAAAGUGUGUUCAAUUUCAUGUAUUUUUAAUUGAAUGCUUAAACAAAGAUGAAUAAUGUUAAAACCUGGAUACCUGAUUCAAAUCUUUCGAGUAUACCUUAUGUAACUUAAACAUUGUUGUAAAGCUGACUUUUUACAAAAAGGUUUUAUUUUUAAGUUGCAGAUAAAUGAUUUUAAAAAGAAAGGAACUGCUUAUCAUAAAAUGCCUUUUUUAUAAAAAUGUCGUGGAAUAAGAUACAGUUGUUUGACUUUUUUACUCAAUAGCCUGGAAAGUAUGAUGAGUUUUACCAGAAGCUUUUAAUAGAUAUGGAACAUGAACAAAUGUUGGACCAUCGAAAGAUUUACUCAAGACAUAUCCUGAGUUAUAUUGACAAAUUAGGAAUAACAGUUAUUCGUCACAUUAAGCACACAUUACAAGUCUUGUUGGAAUAUAUUAUCAUUGAUAGUGGUCCAGAUGAAACAGCAAGAAAAAACUGCUUAUCUGCAUUAAAAAAGCUUAUUACUGUAGCAUGGCCAAGGAUUGACAGCCAUUGUGAAGACAUCUUAAAGACUUUGUUGCGUUUGUUGUGUGAUGUUACAGUAGACCUGCAGAAUUCCCCAAACAAAGCUAAAGAAGACCUUUUAGAAUUAACAGUUGAUUGUCUGCAUUACCUGAAGAGAGCUUGUUCAUGGAAGUUCAAGGUAGCUGGACACCGUCAAAUAUUGAAAGGACUUAACCUAGAGACAAAUAAGAAACUUGGCCGCUUAGUGCUUAUCGUUUUUAAUUUUCUCAGUAAUUGGACCUUGGAUACUUUUAGAGGAUUUGCUACGUAG